UCCGCCUCCCUCCCUUCGUCCCAGUUCAGUGUGGCUGAAACCGGAGUUCAGCGAGGAGGUUUUCAGGGCGGUGGAUCCAACAAGUAGUCGAGCUGUCAGUUAGUUCGCUACCAUGAUAUACAGACAUCUUCUCCCGUUGGUGGCUUUGCUACUAAUCGGCUCUGAAGUCAGUCUCAGUGGUAACAUACUGGUGGUCCCUGGUUAUUACAGCCACUGGCACAACAUGCGAGUAAUCGUGGAUGAGCUGGUCGCUCGGAAUCACAGUGUGACGGUUCUUGUUAGCUCAGCGUCGCCUUCGAUCAACUUAACGCGAAAGGAGAACUUCAAAUACAUUGUUUUUAAGGUCAGCUUGGAGAAAGAACAUUUCGAGACCAUGUGGGAGAACUUAAUUGACGCUUGGAUGAAUCAGACCGUCAACAUGGUUCAGAUUGUUUCCUUGUUUUGGACCAUGAUGUCUGAAUCGGAGAAAUAUAGCGCAUCAGCAUGUGACGGACUGCUGCUCAAUCAGGAGCUCAUAGCUUCACUCAGGGGAUCACACUUUGAUGUGCUUCUAUUCGAUCCUGUGACGCCUUGCAGUGAUCUGUUGGCAGAGAUCCUCGACCUGCCCCGGGUGAUGUCUUUUAGAUUGCAUUUUGCAUACACUAUGGAGAGACUGUGCGGUCAGUUGCCAACACCACCGUCGUUUGUGCCCGCUGCUGCCACCCAAGGGCAUCUCAAUGACCACAUGAACUUCAUAGAGCGGGUUGAGAAUGUGCUGUUGUAUGUUGUUGUCACAGCGAUAUACAAACUGUCAAUGAUGUUCGCAUUUGAUAAGUAUUACACCAAAAUAGCAGGCAAACCCACAACAGUGUGUGACGCUUGGGGAAAUGUGGACAUCUGGUUAAUCAGAACUUAUUGGGACUUUGAGUAUCCACGACCAAUCCUGCCAAACUUCAAAUUUGUUGGGGGGCUGCACUGCAAGCCUGCAAAGCCACUUCCAAAAGAGAUGGAGGAGUUUGUUCAGAGCUCUGGGGAUGAUGGCAUUGUGGUCUUUUCCUUGGGCUCCAUCGUGAAGAAAAUCCCCAAAGAGAGAGCCAACACUAUCGCUGCAGCACUCGGGCAGAUCCCACAGAAGGUCUUGUGGCGGUAUACAGGAGAGAAACCAGACACUCUUGCUCCAAACACAAGACUUUAUGACUGGAUUCCCCAGAAUGAUUUACUAGGACAUCCUAAAACCAAGGCCUUCAUCACUCAUGGUGGGACUAAUGGAAUUUAUGAAGCUAUUUACCAUGGUGUCCCAAUGGUGGGCAUUCCACUGUUUGGCGACCAGUCAGACAAUCUGUACCACAUGAAAACCAAAGGAGCGGCUGUUUUGCUUGAAUUCAGCAAAAUGGAGACCAAAGACCUGAAGGACGCCCUGACUAAAGUUAUUAACAAUCCGUCGUACAAAGAGAGCAUCAUGAGGCUUUCCCGAAUCCACCAUGAUCAGCCAAUGAAGCCGCUGGACCAGGCUGUCUUCUGGAUCGAGUUUGUGAUGCGAAACAAGGGGGCCAAGCACCUGAGGGUGGCGGCCCAUGACCUCACUUGGUACCAGUACUACUGCCUGGAUGUCGCUGCCUUUUUGCUGUCCAUAGUCGCUCUGGUCACAUUCAUCUUUGUGAAAUCGUGUGCUUGGCUCUUCCGUAAAUGUUGCAGAAGGACCUCAGCAAAGAGCAAAAAAGAGUAAUAACUGAACGAACAUCACUGUGUUAAUACUUACUGUGAUAUUUUCACAAGAGUUUUAAAGUCUGAAGUGCUGUAUUGUGCUGUAAAUGUACAUCAUAUAUUUCAUACAUUGUUUUUUGCAAUUCCAAUACAGUGCAGUGAAACAUUUUAUAAAAUUGCUCUUGAGAGCACUCAAAGGGAUUUUAUUCAUAGAUUGUACAGUGUUGUUUUGAAUAACAUAACAUUUUUAUUGUGCAAAUGCCAAAUGAACUUAUUUUUUAAAUUCA